AUGGGGAAGAAGAAAGCAGCAUGUGGUUUAGGAAGAGCUCUAAUCCGAGAUCGAACUCAGAGCCAGAGGGGACAGCGGGUGAAAGACUCCUGGCUGCACACGAGUGAGUUGAAUGAUGGCUAUGACUGGGGCAGGCUUAAUCUCCAGUCAGUGACAGAACAGAGCUCUCUUGAUGACUUUCUUGCCACAGCAGAGUUGGCAGGGACAGAAUUUGUUGCAGAGAAACUGAAUAUCAAAUUUGUCCCAGCUGAAGCUAGAACUGGUCUGCUAACAUCUGAGGAGUCCAACAGAAUAAAUAAACUCCAUGAAGAGAAUAAACAGUUUCUGUGUAUUCCAAGGAGGCCUGUCUGGGAUGAAAAUACCAGCGCAGAGGAUCUCCAGCAAGCAGAAAGGGAGGACUUCUUGAAGUGGAGGCGCCAGCUUGCUAUACUUGAAGAGGAAAAAAAGCUAAUUCUCACACCUUUUGAACGCAAUCUAGACUUCUGGCGUCAGCUCUGGAGAGUCAUUGAAAGGAGUGAUGUAGUAGUACAAAUUGUGGACGCCCGAAACCCACUCUUGUUUAGGUGCCAGGAUUUGGAGCAUUAUGUGAAAGAAUUAAGUCCUCAUAAAGAAAAUAUCAUCCUAAUAAACAAAGCUGACCUGUUAACACCUGAGCAGCGUCAAGCCUGGGCAACAUAUUUUGAGAAGGAAGGAGUAAAGGUUGUCUUCUGGUCUGCCUUGGCAGAAGGACAGAGACUUGCUGAAGAUGUUACGCAGGACAAUGAGCCAGAAAACGUGAUGCAGGAUAAUGUCUCAGAUGAGGAAGACAGUGAAGAUGAAGACAGUUUAAGUGACACAGAAGCCCAAACUGGAGAUCCUAAUCAAUACAGCUCAAAUGAUGAGUAUGAGGACUGUGAGGAUGAUGAAGGCUGGCAGACAUGCUCUGAAGAUGCAGAUGGGGAAAAUGAAAGGAUCUUACCAGACCCAGAGCCUAGAAGUACUGAUCCAGCAGAGGUUCAUAACUAUAGCCAUUUAGUGCAAAGAGAUGAGCUGCUGGAGAUCUUCAAAUCUGUUCACACAGGCAAAAGGCUUAAAGAGGAACAGAUCACUGUAGGACUGGUGGGUUAUCCCAAUGUUGGCAAGAGUUCAACCAUUAACACAAUCCUGGGAAACAAAAAGGUUUCUGUUUCGGCAACUCCAGGACAUACAAAGCACUUUCAGACCCUGUAUGUGGAAUCUGGCUUGUGCCUUUGUGAUUGCCCAGGUCUUGUAAUGCCAUCCUUUGUCUCCACCAAAGCAGAGAUGAUAUGUAGUGGUAUUCUACCGAUUGACCAAAUGCGAGACCAUGUCCAACCAGUCUCUCUCAUUGCGCAGCAGAUCCCACGAUAUGCAUUAGAGGCCAUUUAUGGGAUCAAUAUUAUCAGACCUAGAGAAGAUGAAGAUCAGGACCGUGCUCCAACCUCAGAAGAGCUGCUGUGUCUGCUUAUGGGUAUAUGAGGGGAUUCAUGACCGCACAUGGGCAGCCGGAUCAGCCAAGGUCUGCACGAUACAUAUUGAAGGACUACGUCAGUGGUAAGCUGCUGUAUUGUCACCCCUCCUCCUGGGAUACAUCCGCCAGACUUCCAGCCUCGGCACACUGUAUAUCGGGAAAGAAAAGUACCAUGUGACAAAGCUGAAGCAAGGGCUCACAACAGCAAGAAAGUCAAACACAUUGAAAACGUGGUAGACAAAAACUUUUUCCAUCAGGAGAAUGUCCGUGCUCUGACCAAAGGUGUGCAGUGUGUGAUGGGGUACAAGCCGGGCAGUGGCCCUAUGCCAUUAACUACAGUCAGCACAGAAAGUAUAUCUGGAAAGCCUUGGAAAAAGCAUGGAAAUAGAAACAAGAAAGAAAAGAUUCGGAGGCUUAACAAGCACCUGGAUGCUUGA